AUGAAAGUCGUGCGCGUGGUCGGCUACCACCAGAACCUGGAAUUGUCCUCGGCGCCCGACCCCGAAAUCACGUCGCCGCUGGACGUCAUCGUGAAGAUCGGGGCGGCGGGCGUGUGCCGCACAGACAUCCACAUUCUGGAGGGUCAGUGGGCGGCCAAGUCGGGCGUGAAGCUGCCGUACACGAUCGGGCACGAGAACGCGGGUUGGGUGCACGCCAAGGGCGAGGCCGUCACGGGCCUCGACGUCGGCGACAAAGUCAUCCUCCACCCCCUGGUCACCUGCGGCCUGUGCCGUGCCUGCCGCUCCGGCGACGACGUGCACUGCGAGAACUCCUUGUUUCCCGGCAUCGACGCCGACGGCGGAUACGCCGAGUUCCUCAAGACCGGCGCGCGCAGCGUCAUCAAGCUCGACCCCAAGCUCGAGCCGACCGACGUGGCGGCCCUGGCGGACGCGGGGCUGACCGCCUACCAUGCCUGUGCGAAGGCCGCAAAGGUGCUGAAGCCGGGGAACGUCGUCGUCCUGAUCGGCGCGGGUGGGCUCGGCCACAUCGGCAUCCAGGUCAUGAAGGCCAUCAGCGCCGCCACGGUGGUGGUGGUCGACCGGAACGCGGACGCCUUGGACCUGGCGAAGAAGUUGGGCGCCGACCACGUCGUGCAGUCGGGAGACAAGGACGACGACGGGUUCGUUCAGGAGGUGCUGGCUCUGACCGCCGGCGGGAAAGGUGCAGAGGCAGUGAUUGAUUUCGUCGCCGAAGGGGGUUCCACCGCUACGGGUGUGCGGAUGCUGCGUCGCGCCGGGAACUAUUACAUCGUCGGGUACGGCGAGAACAUCAACGUCCCCACCAUCGACAUCAUCUCGACGGAGAUCAACUUCAUCGGCAACCUGGUCGGCUCGUACAACGACCUGGCCGAGCUGAUGGUGUUGGCCGCCCAGGGCAAAGUCGUCCUACACACGUCCAUCUACAAGCUGGAGGACUUCCAGAAGGCCAUUGACGAUCUGUCCGCGGGGAAGAUGUGA